UUUACGUCAUUUAGAGUUCCCCGAAGUGAUAGCCAAGCAGGAGAGAAGAAAGGUGUUUACCUCCAAUAUGAAGUUAAGCCAGGCUUCACCAUUCGUAGAUGUCAAAAUAUUGAUCCUGCCACGGAUCUUAAGAAGCUCAAACGGAUAAUUGCAAACUGUGUUUUGCCUCAAAAUUCAAUGUUGAAGAAGGUUCAAUAUCUAGCUUCUUUAGUGAAGCGAUCCAUGGAGCUUGAGAGACGGAGAAAGGAGUUGCGUUCCCAGAUAGAUAUAGCGAUUGAAGAGAAGCGAUAUCUAGAAAAUGAGCAAAAGAAGCGAAAUGAAAAUAUGUCUGCACGACUUCAAGAUUGUAUCGACAAGGACGGUAUUACUGAUGUGGAUAAAUCGGAGAUAGAGAGGCUGGAGAAGAACAUGGCUAUAGCCACCAAUCUUACUUAG